AUGUCUGAACAACGACCUAGCGAACCCCCAACUAAAGCUCACAAGAGACACACUGCUCACCGACGGCGACGCGACGAUGAUGACUUUGAGCAAAGAUGGGGAGAUGAAGAAUAUGUCAAAGAUGAAGACCAGGCCCCAGAGCCAAAUUUUGCAGAAUCAUCAUCCAAACGAGUCAAAUUAUCAGACGGUUCAGCUGCCCCUCGAAUAAUAUCGCCCACACCUCCAACAGAAACGGCAGAAGAGAUAGCUCAAAGAGAAAGAGACCAAGAUCAAAAGGAACGGGAUGAAUUUGCGAAACGGUUGGCACACCGAGAUUCCGAAAGAUCUAAGAAGAUUAUCGAGGAUAGAUCCGGUGCGAAGGACAGUGUUGCGGCACAGAGACGAGCACUCGCCGACGAUGCCGCGGCUAGGACACAGGCAAUGCCCGACCUGAGAAUACGCUCACGACAGGACUACCUUCAGAAAAGAGAGGCGGAAAGACUCGCCCUUCUCCGGAAACAAGUCGCCGAGGAGCAAGCCGAAUUGAGAGAUAAUCCAGACCUGACUAGAAGGGAAAAGGAGGAAUUCGCGAGAAACAAAGAAGUACUGCGGUUGGCGGAAGAGAGGUUGAACAUUGAUGACCAUCUCGAUGGAUACGCUCUUCCAGAAGACUAUAUCACAGAAAAGGGAAAGAUCGACAAGCGAAAGAAAGAGCAAGCCCUUUACCAGAGAUAUGUCGACCGAGACGAAUCUGGGCGAGAAAAGUAUGUGACUGAACAUGAGGAGUGGGAGCGAGAACAGACAAAAAGAGCAGAAGGGCAGAUUAAGCGCGCUGAGUACGUCGACGAAGGGGACUAUGGCUACGUCUUCGAUGAAAGCCAGCAAAUGCAGUUUGUCAUGUCUGAGACACUAGGCGGAGAUCUUGGCCGAGGCAUGAACAGAGAACAGCGAGAGAUGGCCGAAAGAUUGAGUGCAGCAGAAGCCAAGGCAAAGAGUGUGGAAGAAACCCGAAAAAGCUUACCUAUUUACCAAUUCCGAGACGAGAUCGUCCAAGCUGUGAACGAACACCAAGUCCUAAUUAUUGUGGGAGAGACAGGAAGUGGGAAGACCACGCAAUUACCACAGUAUCUUCACGAAGCUGGAUUUACUAAGGGCGGCAUGAAGAUCGGCUGUACUCAACCUCGCAGAGUGGCUGCGAUGUCGGUCGCCGCGAGAGUAGCCGAAGAGAUGGGGAAGCGACUCGGUAACGAGGUUGGUUAUGCCAUCCGAUUUGAGGACAAUACAAGCGACAAAACUGUCCUAAAAUACAUGACCGACGGUAUGCUACUCAGAGAGCUCCUGACCGAUCCCGAGUUAUCGCAAUACUCGGCGCUGAUGAUCGAUGAGGCACACGAACGAACAGUCAGUACCGAUAUUGCCUGCGGACUCUUGAAGGAUAUAGCAAGAGCAAGACCUGACCUCAAACUUUUGAUAUCGUCUGCCACGAUGGAUGCUCGCAAAUUUCAGAAGUACUUUGAUGACGCCCCCAUUUUCAACAUUCCAGGUCGAAGAUAUGCCGUUGACGUUCACUACACUGCGCAACCCGAGGCCAACUACCUCGCUGCUGCCAUUACAACCGUAUUUCAGAUCCACAUAACCCAAGGUACGGGGGACAUAUUGGUUUUCCUGACAGGUCAAGAGGAGAUCGAAGCAAUGGAAGCAAAUCUCCAAGAGACGGCCCGGAAGCUGGGAAGCAAAAUUAAAGAAAUGAUCAUAUGCCCGAUCUAUGCAAAUCUGCCAACUGAUUUGCAGGCAAAGAUUUUCGAGCCUACACCUGCGAACGCCAGGAAGGUGGUCCUGGCGACGAAUAUAGCAGAAACAUCCCUUACAAUCGACGGCAUUGUAUAUGUGAUUGAUCCCGGAUUUGUCAAGGAGAAUCAGUACAAUCCCCGGACUGGCAUGGAGUCCUUGGUCGUCGUGCCUUGCAGUCGUGCCUCGGCAGGCCAACGAGCUGGAAGAGCUGGACGUGUUGGACCAGGAAAAUGCUUCAGGCUGUACACCACCCAGGCUUACAAGAACGAGCUGGAGGAAAAUACAACUCCGGAAAUCCAGAGGACCAAUCUCUCAGGCGUGAUCCUAAUGCUCAAAAGCUUGGGUAUCAAUGACUUGUUGGAUUUUGACUUCAUGGAUCCUCCCUCAACAGAUACCAUCGUGAGGGCAGUUGAACAGCUCUACGCAUUAGGGGCUUUGAACAAUGCGGGAGAGUUGACCAAGAUUGGCCGUCAGAUGGCUGAAUUUCCAACGGACCCUAUGCUUGCACGAUCUAUCUUGGCUGCCGAUAAAUUUGGGUGCACUGAAGAAAUCCUUUCAAUCAUCGCAAUGCUUGGAGAAGCUUCUGCACUGUUUUUUCGCCCCAAAGAUAAGAAAAUCCACGCUGAUAGCGCAAGGGCCCGAUUUACCAACAAGGAGGGCGGCGAUCACGUAUCUCUUUUGAACAUCUUCCAGGAGUGGACUGAUUCCGACUACAGUUAUGUCUGGGCCAAGGAGAAUUUCUUGCAACAGAGAAGCCUGACGCGGGCUCGAGAUGUUCGCGAUCAAUUGGCAAGACUAUGUGAUCGGGUAGAAGUUGAUCCAACCAAGACCUGUGGGGGCCAGUCGAAUAUUGAACCGAUCCAAAAGGCAGUUACAGCAGGGUUCUUCCCGCACUCUGCACGGCUACAGCGUGACGGGCAAAGUUACCACACAGUCAAGAACGGUCAAAUUGUUUACAUCCAUCCGUCUAGCGUUUUGAUGGAGAAUCAACCCAAGUGGGUCAUUUAUCAUGAGCUGGUACUAACCAGUAAGGAGUACAUGAGGAGCUGCAUGCCUCUGAAGCCGGAGUGGCUGGUAGAGGUUGCGCCACAUUACUACAAGAAAAAGGACUUGGAGUCACUAGGUGUCGAGCGGAAAGUACCUCGAGGUGAAGGCAAGGCUCAGAGUAAGAUAUAA